GCGGAGGGAGUCGCAGGGUCCAUACGGUGGUGUCAGGGCAAGAUUUUAACCUCCAUUUCCAGAGAGUCCGGCUGCAGCUGCCAAACCAGAAGUGAAAAGGGCAGGUCGUUUUUCCUCUCCCCUGAGACAACUGAGGGGGAUUUGUGGGGCGGGAGUCAUUUCCAGGAAUGUUGUUGUGGAAGGAAUUAAAAGCUGUACUGCCAAAAAAGAGAGAGACCGUGUUUCAAGUGUACUUGUUUGUGGCUGCCCUUGGUACUUGAGAAAUCCAGGAUGGAGGUACUCUUGAGAAAUACUACCAUGUGGUGGGAAAUGGCUCUACAUAAGGAUGUGUGUGUGAGAGUUAGCUAGAGGUUUUGGUGGGUUUUUCGGGCUAUAAGGCCGCUUUCCGGACAUUUCAUCUGCGUCUGUGACUGGCAUCUUCAGAGUAUGCUGGCAUGGAGAUAAAGAGAAGAAGGAAAAACUUGAGGAAGAUGAAGCAGCAGCAGCUAGUACAAUGGCAGUGUCUGCCUCCCUUAUGCCUCCCAUCUGGGACAAAACUAUUCCUUAUGAUGGCGAGUCUUUCCAUUUGGAGUACAUGGAUUUAGAUGAGUUCCUGUUGGAGAAUGGAAUUCCUUCCAGUCCUAAUCACCUGGAUCUGAAUCAGAAUCCGCUCCUGCCUGUGGCUGAACUAGAAGGAAAGGAACCUGCCAGUGCUUCUGCUGCCACCGCCACACCAUCCCCAUCAUCUUCCACAGUGGUUUUCCAACCAUCAGAAACUACUACAAGUUCAGACUCCUCACCAGAUAAUGAAAGACUGACUCCCAGCCCUAUUGAUCCAGACUGUGUUGAGGUUGAUGUGAAUUUCAACCCUGACCCUGCUGAUUUAGUGCUGUCCAGUGUGCCUGGAGGUGAGCUGUUCAACCCUAGAAAGCACAAGUUUGCUGAAGAGGACCUGAAACCACAGCCCAUGAUUAAAAAAGCCAAGAAGGUUUUUGUCCCAGAAGAUCAAAAGGAUGAAAAAUAUUGGACAAGGCGGAAGAAGAACAACGUAGCAGCCAAGCGAUCUCGUGAUGCUCGGCGCCUGAAAGAGAAUCAGAUCACAAUCCGAGCUGCCUUUCUGGAGAAAGAAAAUACAGCAUUGAGGACCGAAGUUGCAGAGUUGCGGAAGGAAGUUGGAAAAUGCAAGAACAUUGUCUCUAAAUAUGAAAGCAGAUAUGGACCCUUUGACUUAUCCGAUUCCGAGUGAUGCAGCUUUAAAGACUCUUAAUCUCAGAAAGUAAAAACUACACAUGAAACAACCUGCCAUCAGAGUGAACAAAGAAAGAUGUGAGGUAUUCUCUGCAAACAACUGAUGACCCUGCUUCCCUGCAAGUACCUCACCUGAACUAGGGCUGAGCAUGAUGAAAAAUCCAACAUCUCUAAUCUUACAGUUUCUUUUUGUACUGCUGUUUUUCCUUGUAACCAGAGUCUGCAGUACAGUUGGUAACAUUCUUCAGCUACAUAUGGGACUCAAAUCCUUGUGUUCAGUCUGAAGAAAUAAUGGUUUUCUAAGGUAAUAUGCAGAUGGGAGAGUGAGACAAAUCAUAACUGAAGAAAUCCAUGUAGCUUUGUUUUUUCUUUUCCUCAUCUGUUCUGUGCUUUAGAAUAAAUGUUUAUAUUGCAUCUAAAUCCUGCUAAAGAAUUAUAUCUUGGUCAGAAGAACAUGAUUGAAAAGAGCAUAUGUGGAAAACAGACAAAAAAGAGAUGUGUUUUGUUGUAAUUUUUGACCUAUAGACUGAAAUUGAAUUAAUUGAAAAUAACAAGCACCCAAAUAUGUUCCAUAUCUCAUUACAUGCUAACGAGUAAAAUGCACCUUAUUUUUUCAGCUGAUAAAAUCAGAUACUAGAUUUCUAAAGUUAGCAUUUUCACGUCAGCUUCCUGAUCUUGGCAAUAUUGUUGUAAAAUUAUUGUAAUGGCAUUGUGUAUUACAGCAUGGCAGGGGGUUGGGCUGGAUGGCCCUUGUGGUCUCUUCCAACUUUAUAAUUCUAUAUUGAUGCAUUUUCAGUCUACUCUUUAUAAAAAUUACAAGAUAUUUUUGUUUCAUUAUUUUCAUAAACAUAAUUUAACUGUAGCUGUAUAAUGAGGAGCAAGAAUUUAUAAUAAAAGGACAGAGUUUUCACUCUGAUUUUCUUUUCCUUCUAGAAAUAAACAGUAUAAAGUUCUCUGGAGUUUACCAUUAAAAUGUGGACUUCUGAUUUUCUCAGCUGCAAAUGUAUUUAAUGUUGACUUUUGUGUUCCUCCUUCAUAGUAGUAGAGACAAAGUUAGCAACGCUUGCCUGAAAUCCUGCAUUGGGAUACAUAGCUACAAUGACAUAGCUACAACUACUUAGUUACAUUUUUCUGUGCUGCCCCCUCCCAAAAUCUACCUUGGCUAUUGCAACCUGUCCCACUACCAGGAGAGGGAUGGACUUAUUAUCACUGUUCCUCUCUCCAGCACCUUGGAAAUUAUUAGGGGAGCCAUAUGGCUUAAAAGGUAGGUUUUAGGGGCAUUUUCAGUCGUUAUGAUGGUUCAAUGACUGUAAAAUUGAAUUAAUGUAAUUAAGAUAUCGUGUGUCAUGCUUACACCAUCAUAAUUACUGAACAAAAUGCUAGCAAUUGAUGUUGUCUAUCCCUUUCCUGUGAAUAAUUUUUUAGUUCUUGAAUGCCUGAUGCAGUAAGGUGAGUGUUGUGCUCAUAAACCUGAAACAUGAGACAUAAGUCAGUGGAAUAUUCUUUGAACAGAUAUCUAUGAAAGAAGCAUGUUAAUGAUAGAUGUGUAGGUAGCAAGUAGGAUACUGAAAAGAAGAAUUUCCACUCUGUAAAAGUUGUAUCUAAAACAUGACCUGAGGGUAUACUGUAUUAGAAUUGUAAUGUCAGAAUAAUCAUGUGGAUCUAUUUUCUCAUCAUAAGCUUCCUGUUAAUUAUAUCUGAAGACCCUUUGGAGAUGAAGUGUUUCAUUAUUCUGAGAAGUAUGAGGCAGAAAAACAAUUGGGUGGAGAGUGCCAAAUAGACACACUCAAUAUUUUUUUUAGAUAAAAUGGCUCCUGGAAUUGGAUAAAAGUUUUGGUGAUUUGUUUAGGAGGCUUAUGGCUGAAUCAGUUGAUUGCAGCAGAAUAGCUUCAAAUGGAUUAAAGGAGUUUUAGUUACAAAUUUAGGAACUGGCACUGAGAGGCAGGUACCAACAAACCUAUGCUAAUAGUGCUGAAUUUUAAAAAAUAAUAAAAUAGUUUGCUGUUUACAAAAGAACUUGCCAGUCCUACUUUAGAGUAGAUUUAUUUAUCCCUGACUAAAAACCCAGUAUGCAUCUUGUUUAAAUUUUCUUGUUUAAAUUUUUCUUGUUUAAAGUCUCUAAAAUUUUUGAGAACAUCAGCAUAAAUAAUAAUCUGUAUACCAGAAUUUUAAUGCUAAUUUAAAGACUGAGUCCCAUAUUCUUAUAAAUUAGUACUGUAUUCAGAUCCAGAUUUUCAGGCUUUAUGUUUGCUACAUUACAGAUGUAAUUUACAGUGACUCUCUACACCAGGGGUCCUCAAACUCCAACCCUCCAGAUGUUUUGGACUUCAGCUCCCAGAAUCCCAGAUCAUUGGCCAAGCUGUCAAGGAGGGUAUUAUGAGGUAGGAAGGAAAUUUGCAUGUGUGUGGUGAUUGGCUGAGGCUUCUGGGAGAUUAAGUCCAAAACAUCUGGAGGGCCGGAGUUUGAGGACCCCUGCUCUACAUGUUUGUUGUUAAUCAUUCAUUAUCUAACUAUACUUUUUUUCAUAUUGAAUCUGGCUUUAUUUAUUUCCCUUGCGCCCGGGUUUGCGCCCGCCUGUUUUUUUCUUGGCAGAAGUAUCUUAUCUCUUAUCUUCUUUGUCCUCCAGCCAGGAGAUAACAUGCUUCACAAUAAAGACGGGUAUUUCCUGCUUCUCACUCUUCUCUUGUCCCUCUCCUGUUGUUCCAGAAAGGCUGGGAGCUGCUUCACACAGCACAGUAUUAUUGUUGUGGCGGGUCUGGGUCUGAAAGCCUGAGGGUCCACUUUCAGGAGCAGCAGCAGGUGCUGCAGCAGGGCCUUCUCUUGCCGCAGGAGCGCGGGGGGAGGAGGGGGAGCUCCAGUGCCGACAGUGGCGGUGGCAGAUGUUGCAGUGGCAGCAGGGGACCCUCAGGGCAGGUGGUAGGUGGACUGGGCCCCCUGUGUGGCUCGCGACCACCCAGUGAACAUAGGCUCCUAAAAUAGCCAAGCCUCCAAAAAUGGCAGCCAGAAAGGCCCAGGGAUCAUCUACUUCCACAUAGUCUUUUUAAAAAAUGGAGAGGACGGCCAUUGGGCUUAGAGCCCUCUCACUGGGCCUGUGCCGCCCUCUCUCUUUGUGAUGGGGGUCGGCUGACAAGUUUAUUAUUAAAAACAAUUUGUUACAAUACAUCUACAGACUUUACAUACAUACAUACAAACUCAAACCUCACUUAUACAUGCACUAAAGUAUACUGAAUGAAGAGGAUUAUAUAAUAUAUCUUUCAUUUUGUUUAUAUAGAAAAGUGGAAUUUAAACUUUGUCUUUUAUAUUAUACAAUUUCCUUGUUCUUUUCCCUUAAACCCUUCAUCCAUUACCAUUCUUUCAUUUCCUUCCCUACUAAACUCUCUACUAUUAUCCUUUCCUUAUAUACCUUCUUUCUUUCCUUCCUCACCCUACACAUCUUCCUUCUUCUUUCUUCAAAAUUUUCAAAGUUUGACUCUUUCCCUCAACUAAAUCCUUACUCGUGUCUUCUCCUUCAACCUAUCUUCUUC